GUCGCCGACACUGGGUUCAUUUUCCAUAUUCAUUUGUAGGGUUUAGCCUCAUCUCACUGAAACGGUACCCAAACCAUCUCAGCCAUUUAACCUAAAUGACAUGCACGGGAGGUAGCGUCUCUCAAGGGAAUUGCACAGAGUGACUGAUAGCAUAUCGUACACCUGUUUUCAACUUUGGAUUACAACUGUAUUUAAAGACUAAAGCACUGAAUCCAGCAUGGGAACUAACCCAAAAAGGACAGUGACAGUCCAGAUGGUGCCUCAGCUGGCUGUGGCGGACACGCUGGGUAAUAAGGAAUCUAAUGCCAACUGGACUAAAGAACCUGCCCUAAACCUCUCUCACGUUUGUCCAAAUCCCACCCUCACCCCCUCAGACCACAAACAGGAUAACGUAUCUCUGACUACUACUCCUACUAAUACUGCCCCAGAUACGCAAACAGCAUCAAAGGGAGGCGAACAAGUUAGGGGUGUUGUGUCAGACAUGCCAAAAACAGUGAGUGAAAACCAGGAAAAAACGGGGCUUGUGAUUGGUGGAGACCAACAGAUGCCAGACCGGUCCCUGACAGGUCAGGAUGUGAGUGAGGCAGGAGAGCGGCAGAGGGAUGGUAAUGCUAAUUUGAGAAUGCUAAACUUGGCUGAGGAGAAGAAUUUCUGUAAGGCUGGUGUGUUGUCUGCUGUUACAGCAACAAAGGUUGACAUACAGACAAAUGACUGCAGAGUAAAAGGGCCUAGUGCACCACAGGAGGGCUGUGCAGAGCCUGUGGUGCAGGGCAGUGGAACAUCCUCAGCUAAAGUGUCAUCUCUAGGGGACAGUGCUAAACAUGUCUCCCCAAAUAAUCAAAAGCUUAACAAUGUAUGUGAAUCAAAACAUACAGCAUCUGAAGUGCUGGCACUCCAACAUGGCAGCACAGAGGGUAUGUUAGCUGACACAAACAAGGACACUACUAUGCCGUCGCAAUCUAAAGAGCCUGAUCAUAAAAACAGCCACUCGCAUAGCCCAGAUACCAGACCUGCUCAAUCACAAUACCCCUUGCAGGACUCAAAAGCUUUCCCUCUUGAGACAUUACCACCAACCCCUCUUCAAAGGGAAUACAAAAUGCAAGAGAAACCCAUUGCUAAACAGAGUGUGGAAACUACAGCUCUUCUCAGUGCUACGUCUCCACCUAAGAGCCAGGAUGAUACCAGGCUUACAAGCAAGAAUUCAAGUUCCACACAUCCAGAGAAGGAUUUGCAACCAGUAGAGAAUACACAAAUCUGCUUAGAUAAACAUCAGCCAGCCUCUUUACAGAAGGACUCCUGCACACUGCCCCAGGCUGUACAAAUCAUCCCAGCCUAUGGGCAGGUGGCUGAGGAAGCCAGCCAGACUGACACGCCUGUCUUAGGGGAGCAGCAGCAGCAACAGAAGCUUCAUUGCAAGCUCUAUAGGGAGGUCUCCACCAUGACCUCCUCCCCGUCAUCCACUCCAGCCAAGUUGUCUCAAGAUGUGGAGGUUCAGGCAGUAGCUAACACAUGUAGUAAGGCUGUGUCCACCAGUCCUAGUCUACUGCCUUUCACCAUGUCUCGCAAGCCAAGCACAGGCACUGUUCCCAGGGAGGAGACCCAGAGUCUGGCAGUGGUUUACCAGGGCGACAGUGGUCUGGGCCUCCAUCAGAUAGUGCCAUCCCAGAUUCACGUGGGAUCGCUACCCGGCUCUGUUGAUCCCAGGGCAGAGAGACUCACCCUAGAAGCAGGGUUAUGCUCCAACCAAAAUGCUGGCGUGGUUCUCCACACAGAGGCUAUGUCCCUGCAGCAUGAUGCAAGGCUAGGGGCCAAGCCUAAAGACCCUAGCUCAGCUCUAUGCAAUAUUCAGAGAGGCCCUCUACCUCUGCAGCCAGUUUAUCAAAUCAACAUCGAAUCCAGCACACAGAAGGAACAAUUAGUGAGUGUGAACCACCACCAAGAUGAGACAGAUGGCUCCCAGGGUAAACCUGUGGCUGGGAAGCCUGCAGCCAAAACGACUACUGUUAAAACUCUCUCUUCCCAAUCAGAAUCUGCCUCAGAGAUAGCAAGCAUCACUAAGUCCAAAUCUGCUGACAGUAACAACUCUGCUGCACUGUCUCAGGCUGCUGUUACAACCAAGCAUAACCAGGCUCUGCCAACAUCAACACCAGCAGCAACACACACCACAGCAAAGUUGGAGUCAGCUACAAACAAACCUGACAGCUCCAAAGAAGAGACUAAAGCCUCUGCGAAAGCAUUGACAAAGGAGACUAAGACGGGCACCAAGAAGCUGGAACCAGAGAGAAAUGCUGAGGAAGAGGAUGAGUCUGAGAAGCAGAAAGGAAAGAGCGUCCAUGAUGUGGUGUGGGAUGAGCAAGGGAUGACUUGGGAGGUGUACGGUGCCUCUGUGGACCCAGAAUCCCUCGGCUUUGCCAUUCAGAGCCAUUUGCAGUGUAAAAUCAAGGAACAAGAGAGGAAACUCAUUGUCCAGACCUCUAUCCGGAAGUCUAUCUCCGCUGUCGACUCACCACAACAUGGCAGAAAGAACAAAAGAAGGCAGCAGAACAUUUUCAGGUCAAUGCUGCAAAAUGUCAGGCGGCCCAACUGCUGUGUGCGCCCCCCUCCCUCCUCCGUUCUGGAGUAAUGAAGUACCGAGGUAGCCAAUGUCAUAUCCCUUCCUUUUCCUAGAGGUCAAAAUGUUUGUCCUCUCCUUGUGAUGAUUCCAGUGCCAAGUGCAACAUUAACAGGACAGCUAUCCCUGUAAGCAUAUUGGAAUGUUGUAGUAUACAGAGUCACUCAUUUGUGAUGUUUGUGAACAAAGAAAGCAGACAAAUGUAGGAAAUAGAUACAUAAAAUGAACAACUUAAGACUUAUUUUCUAGAAAUAGAUAACACUAUAAAAAAAAAAAAAACUGUCAGUAUUUAAGAUGACUAUGG